GCCAUGCUCCCCGUGGCCCGGAUGGGGACAAAGGUACGCUGGUGGUGUGGUCAAAAUUCAAAAAGGCGCCAGCCCCUGGCCCCUCCUUUCCCAAGUGACGACGCCCGGCCGGGUGGUUUCCACGUGACGGCGUCUGGUGGCGCGCCUCUCUUUUGGCUGGCUCCCGUCCAUCGCCAUCGGCAUCAACAGGGGCGACGCACUCGCUGCCGAGCACGAUUAUUGACGUGCACUGCAGAUGGAAAGGGCACGAGCAGGACCAGAACGGCGGCAUGAAAAAGGUCUUCGAUUUCCAGUGGGUAGAAUCUGCGCAGCGCUCCCUGCACGGUGCGCCUCUUUUUUCCCGAGCGCACUUACGGGGGGAGAAAACGACGGCCAUUACUCGUGACCCGGGAGUGAGGCGACAUGUUGGGACGCCCCUCCACAUGCUGCUCCAGUGCCAUCGGCCCAUCGCCAGGGACGCGUCGUGGACGUGGAUCGGAUCGGACAUGUUCCAGCGAGACGAGGAAAAGACUCGGGACGGGGAGCGAAGCGUCGCCGUCGCCGAAGACUUGCGCCGCGGAUCCCGGUCAGUCUCCGGCCGGGCCGGCCCCGUCGCUUCUUUCUUUAAUCCAGAAGGAAUGCGAGGCAUGUUGCUGAGGGGUAGGGGAGGGAGCUGUGCUGUAGCGCGCCUCGCCUGCAUCUGCAUGCGGUCGAACUCGAAGAACCGGCCAGCGGCCCGCUGCCGGCGCGCACAUGGCCGCCUGGGAUUUGCCUCCUGCGUGGGCGACUUCGCCUCUCGUCUCUUGACCCGCGCUGCCGGCCGCGUCGCGCGCUCGAGCUGCCGACUGCUCUUCGCUCUUCGGCCGGCUUCGCCUGCUGCGUAGGAGCUUGCUUGCUUAGCUUAGCUCUGCUCUUUGCUGUUAAACGCGUUGAGUUCGCGUCCACGUGAGAAUUCGUGACUCAUCUCAUACGUAUGAUCUCUCGCCAUUCUCGAACUGGGAAGCACUAUAAAAAUCCAUUCAGCCGCCGCCGCCGCUGCUGCAAAGGUCAACCACAAACAGAGAUCAGUUGCUUGCUUGUUUGUUUCUUUGAUAUUCCUACUACAUACAAGGCGAGUGGUUUGGUUUCCGGCCAUGCUGGCCAAGUCGUGGCUCGCCGACCUGCGAUCGCGGCUCGGCGCCGGGGCCAGGGCCGACGGGCUCGGCAUCCUGGCCUUCGAGGCGGCGGCCACCAUGUCGCGGCUCGUGUCCCUCCACCGGACGCUGUCCGACGCGGAGUUCCGGAGGCUCCGCGCCGACGGCCUGCGCGCCGAGGGCGUCGCGCGCCUGACGUCCGCGGACCAGAGCCUCCUGCUCCGCCUCGCGUGCGGCGAGCUCGUGGCGGACCUCGACCGCGCCGCCGCCGCCGUCGCGCGCCUCGGCGCGCGGUGCGCCUGCGCGGAGGCCCCGGCCCCGCUCCUGCGGGACUUCGACCGCCUCUACGCCGAGGCCAAGCGGGGCCGCCUCGCGCAGCUGGACGCCGCGGUCGGCUUCUCCAGGGGCGCCGGGAAGCGGUUCCGGAAGAUGGAGCGCCACGUGGCCGCGGCCGCGAAGCUGUACGAGGAGAUGGACGCGCUCAGGGAGCUGGAGGCGUCGGAGCGGCGGAUGGAGAACUGGAGGCAGCACAGCGGGCCCAUCCCGGCGCAGCCGGCGCAGGGCAAUAAGAAGCCAGCGGCCGAGCCCGGCGAGAAGCUGAUGCGCGCGCUUAGGGCGCAACGGCACAAGGUGCGACGGCUCAUGGAGGGAUCGCUCUGGAGCGUCGACGCCGGCAAGGCAGCGAAGCUCAUGGCCAAGUCGGUGCUCGCCGUGCUCGCGCGCAUCUCCAUUGCCUUUGGCGCUUUCGUCUCAGGGCUCCCGUCUCUAACGGUGGGGCGCGCGUGGCCGCCCGGCCGCUCGUCCGGCCUGUUGCACCGGUCGGCGGCGCCUGGCGCUGCGCUCCGGCACUCAGCUCCCAUCUUCGGCCAGAAAGACACCGCCAUGUCCGUACUGGAAUCGAUCAAGCCAUCAGCGAGCACGGUCGGCGGGUCGGGCAUGGAGCUGCGGUACGCGAACGUGAUCCUGUCCGUCGAAACGCUGCUCGCGGCGCUGAGGCCGCCGGCAGGUGACGGCGAGGAAGGCACGAUCGACCUGUCCAGGAGAGACGGACUUUACAAGAUGCUGCCCGUGAGCAUCCGCGAGGCCGUGAACGCGAAGCUGAGAGAGAGCUGGAGAGGGCAGCGGGUGGACGAGGAGGCCGCGGCAGCGUCGAGGGGCGAAGCGGAGGCCGUGCUGCGGUGGCUGGGCCCGAUGGCGCGCGACACCGUGCGGUGGAGCGACGAGCGGAGCAUGGAGCAGGGGCAGCGGUUCAGCAUGCAGCCGCGCGCGCUGAUGGUGCAGACGCUGCACUUCGCUGACCGGAAAAAGGCGGAUGCGGCGAUCGUCGAUGUGCUCGUCCGCCUCAGCUGCGUGUGCUGGUACGAAGAUGAGCGGCGCCGGCUGGAGUCUGUGGACUGGAACGACGAGUAGCAGCUUCUGAUUUGUGAUUUCUGAGCGGCGGAUCGUGGAUUUUAGCGUGUGUGAACAUUAUUACGAGGCAUCUGUACAUAACUACAUGUGCACUAGGUGAUAGUACAAAACAACUGAUUUGAUGUUUCUGCUGCGGGGAAA